AUGUUUUUAUUGAGUGUACUUCUCAGUUAUCUUUUUGGAUGUAUAUCAAUAAUUGCUUUGUUAGUAUAUUUAUAUGUAUAUUAUGGAUUGGAUUUACGAGAAAUAAUUGCUGAACGAGAACAAUAUCAAGAUUUUUAUCCAUUAUCUGAAAAUGAACAAUCGAAAAAUUCUACAAUUGAUACUGUAAAUUAUAUAAUGCAAUUUUUAUUUCAAGAAAUGAAAGAUACAUCAAGAAUAAGACGUUAUAUAACAAAUAAAUUAAAAAUUGAAUUUAAUGAAUUAAAAAAUACUCGAAUAGGAAAAUUAUUUCUACAAGAUAUUAUCAUACAAAGUUUUUCUCUUGGAAAAGAAUGUCCAGUACUUAGUGAUAUUCAAUUUGAACAACAAGAACGAGAUGAACGUGGUUUAAUUAAAGAAUUCGUAACUAAACUUCAUAUUGAUUAUAAAGAUGGAUUUUCUGUUAUGCUUGAUAUUAAACUUGCAUUUAAUCAAACAUGUCAAUUAUCUAUAAAAAUCAAACGUAUUCAAGGACGUUUACGUUUAGAAUUUCGACGUGAACCAUUUUCACAUUGGUUACUUGUUUUCCAAGAUGAACCAUUAAUUGAUUUAGACAUUAAAUCUUAUUUAUCUUCUCGUGAAAGUUCUCAACUCGCACAUAUUAUUGAUCAACGCAUACGCCAUACUAUACGACGUAAACAAAUAUGGCCUAAUUAUAAAAUUCGUUAUCGACCAUUUUUUCCAACUUCACAACAACCUUUAUCAACAGAAGCUUCAUCAGUUAUUAAUAGUAAUCUUAUACUCGGUAAAUUUCAUAUUGAAAUACAACAUUGUGAUCGACUUUCAAUUCCAUAUGCAAUAUUUAAUAAAGAAAAUUCGUCAUCAUUAUUUAUUUUUUUAACAAUUGGUAUAAAUAAACAAAUGUGUAAAGAUUACUUACGUCUUAAUCGUGAUCAGUGGAUAAAACAAGAAAUUGAAUUUAUACCGAAUGUACAUAAAAUUCGUCUCAAAGAAGUUUUAUAUAUGGAUCAUAUUGAAAUUUUGAUCGAAGAACUUGAUCCAAUACCGAAUGAAAUCGAAGAUUUAAACGCAUUUAAACAAGCUUUAGAAGAUAAAAAUAUUUUUUUACUUCAAAUCCAAAAUCAAGAAAUUAAACAACUGGAACAAACAAAUCUUUUAUUGAAGCCGAAAUCAACUAAUAAAAAUGAACGAAAAAUAAAAAUUCUAGUUGGUAUACCUUUAUUACAUUAUGUUCAAGUACCAUAUGUAAAUGAAACAAUAAAAACGGUAGAGAAUGAAGAAUUAUUAACUACAGCACAACAACCAAUUCAAGACGUUGAUCCAUCAAUAGAACAUCAAAAGAAUUCUUCUGUAGAUAUGAUAAAUUUAGUAAUGAUGAAUGCUGACAUGCUACCAGAAUUUCAAGCUAAAGCAACUCUUACUCGAAAACCUGCAACGUAUGUUGAAUUUGAGGAUAAAUUCGAAUUUCCAGCAAAUGAAAAUGAUCAAUAUCUUAAUAUUUGUUUAUGGUGUAAACCAACACUCGAUUUUGAUAUGCCAAGUAUGAACAAAAAACUUAUACUACUCGGCUAUGUAAGUUAUUAGAGUUAAUCGGACAUAUUAAUUCGUUUUUUAUGUCAUGCUUAUGUCGAAAACAAAUGUUCUUUUAAGAGACUAUCAAAUCUCGAUUAUGUAGAAUGUCAUAUUAAUGUACUCAAACCUAAAUAUAUUAUUUGAUUACUCAUAGAGUAUAAUUUAUCUAAUCGAAUUAAAAUUUAUCGUUGAAUAAAAAAAUUCUGUUUGAACACUGAAGAAUAUUUUCAAAAUACUAUAAUCUAAUGUUAAUAAAAGUCGUAACUCAGUGGGUUACUAUUAAUACUUAAAUAAUUUUACGGAUGAUACAUAUCCGUAUAGGCGUUGUGAGAUGUCUUAAAGUACUGUGAUUCAAUGAACAUGAGAAAAAAGUCAUUAUUGAAUAUUUCUCUCUCGGGGCAGUAGCGUAAGUAGGGAGAGGGGGGGGGGCGCGUGGGGCGCAUAACCCCCUGCAUCCGAAAACUAAUAGGAAAAAAGGGUUUGCGCCCCCCUACUUCUAGAAAGUUCACUUAUUUUGACUAUUGAAAUAGAAGAACUAGGGUUACGCACCCCCCCUGCUUUGACACCUGACUUACGCCCCUGCUCGAGGAAAAGAGCGGAAUCUGGA